ACAAAUAUUAUUAUAAAGCUAUUAAUCUUUGGUAUUUCUGCUAGCACCAAAAUGUUCGCGGCUAGUGACCAGAUGUUGCAGUGCGGCCCUAGGCCAAUACUGCCUAUUGAAAGAAAGUGGAAACCCAACGUUGAACUUGCUCCGAAGUGUCCUCGUUGUGCGUCAGCCAGCACUAAAUUCUGUUACUACAACAACUAUAGCUUGUCACAGCCUAGAUACUUUUGCAAAGGUUGCAGAAGGUAUUGGACUAAAGGUGGUUCCCUUAGGAAUGUGCCUGCUGGUGGUGGCUGCCGCAAGAGUCGAAGAGGCAAGUCUAGCAGGGUCGAGAAAAGCGGUCAAUUUUCUAUGAAUUAUAAUAAGAAUUUGAGUAGUUCUGGCAGUCACCAGGAGAUGAUUGGAGUCAGUAGUUCUGAUGGGGACUCAGGGAAUCAGUCAGGGCCUACUAGAGGGUCAGAUAUUGAUCUAGCUGUUGUUUUUGCUAAAUUCUUGAACCAGAGUACAAGUUUUGAUCAGCCUGAGAUUGCUAUAGAAGAACCGCCUUAUGAAGCAAAUGAAGGGAUUGGUUUAUGGAGUUCUUUAGAACACGACGCCAACAGCCAGAAUGAUUCAUCGAUGAAGAGCCAGAGACCAGAAGUCCAUUCAAUUCCAGAAUCUUUUACGCUUCAGGAAAUGCCUCAAGUUAAGCAACAGCUACAAGGGAAUAAUAGUGUUCAGGAAUUGCUGGAAACUGAAGACAUGAAUGCGUUUGGGUUACCAAAUUUGUUAGAAGAUGAAAUGAUGCAGGAUACUUUGUGGUCUGAUGAUGCUGCAACUACCCCAAACUUUGAAUGGCAACCAAUGGUGCAACUGCAACAGUUUGAGUACUUUCCAGUGGAUGAUCAGCUAAAGAUUCCUGCAAACUUAAUGACCGAAAAUUGGGGUUCCUUUGAUCUUUCUGGGUUUGGACUUCUUUCAAAACCUUGA